AUGAAGGCAAUGAAAAACCUUGGCAAGUGUGUUGAAGGGCUUACGAUGGAAGAUUUGUCUGUUGUGGAUGUUGAUCAAGACGAAAUAUGCGAAGGAUGUGUGACCGGAAUGUUGUCAGUCAAGCCGUUCCCGAAGUCUACUUACGGCGAAGAAAAGACCACUUCAUUGGUCCAAGUUAUCCACAGCGACGUAUUGGGACCAAUGGAGACCAAGUCGCAAGGAGGAGCAAGAUUCGUAGUGACAUUUCUGGGUGCUUAUUCAAGAUAUGUCGAUGCUUAA